AAUUGAAGAUAAAGAGGUGUCUUUCUCAUACACGGAUCCCUAAACGACGUUGUUUACAGCAGGAGCAAGAAGGUUGCCCCUCUUCUCCAACACAUAUUUGUUUGGUUCAAUUCCUCAUUCUUUUUGCUCAUUUCUAUCUUUACUUUAUAAGUCCUUUUCUUUUCUCUCCUUCCCUUCUCUCUCUCUUUUAGUAUUAUCCAUUGGUGAAUUGUGAAUAUAAUCCUUUUCUUUUGGUUCUUGUUUUUUGUGUUUUACUUCAUCUUCAAGACUUCAACUCACUACAAAUCAAACAAUUUCAUAAUUUGUUUAUUUCUACUCAAUGAUUAUUGAGUUCAUUUUAUUAGUUUAACUUAUUUUUUUUUAAAAAAAUUAAUUAUUACUAUGAAGUCAUUAAGUAAUGAUGAUGUUAAUAACAAUAACAACAACAACAAUGGUUGGUUAUUAGGUUUUUCUCUUUCACCUCAACACCAACAACAUGUUUCUUCAAGCACUACUACUAAUACUUCUUCAGUUCCCACUUCACUUAAUGGAACCUUAAACAGUUUCUUUCCUAAUUCUCAUAAUCACUUUCAUCAAAACAACACCAACAAUUUCUAUGCUAAUUACAACAAUGGUUGGUUAUCAGGAUCAUCUGUUGAUAAUGAAGUAGUCCAAACUGAGAAUAAUAAUGCUUUGUUAUACUCUCAUCCUUGCUCUCUCAUGCCUCUUAAAUCUGAUGGUUCUAUUUGUCUUCCACAAGAAAUGGUGCAAGCAAUUGGGAAUUGUUCUACUGGAACAAGCUCUACAACAACAAGUGCAACUCCAAAGUUAGAGGACUUCUUUGGAGGUCAUCAUCAUCAAACAAUUGGUGGAAAUGGGACCCAUCACUAUGAUCAUCAACAUCAACAUCAUCAUCAGCAACAGCAACAAUACCCAUUUUACCCUUCACUGUAUGGAACAAGUGAAGGAACACUGCAAGCUAAGGAACACCAAGCAGUAGAGGAUCAACUCCAAUCAACUAUAGGUGAGACUGAAAUUUCUGCAGGGUUAAGAAAUUGGGUACAUAGAAGCUACAUUGGGUGUAUAGGAGUAGAAACUGGGGGUGAACAAAUCAACGGUGGAGAUCAUGAUCAUCAACCAGGUGUAGCUGUGAGCACUACUGGUGGGCCCAUAAGUGCAAUAGGGUAUGCUGAUUUACAAUCUUUAAGCCUAUCAAUGAGCCCUGGGUCCCAGUCCAGCUGUGUGACUGCAUCACACCAGAUUACUCCCUCCUCUACUGCUGCCAUUGGAAUUGAGUCUUUGGUAAUGCAAGAAAGUAGCAGGAAAAGAGGAGGAGAAAGAAUUGAUCAAAACAACAAACAAAUUGUUCAUAGAAAAUCUUUGGAUACUUUUGGACAAAGAACUUCUCAAUAUAGAGGUGUCACUAGGCAUAGAUGGACAGGAAGAUAUGAAGCUCACUUGUGGGAUAACAGUUGCAAGAAGGAAGGACAAAGUAGAAAAGGGAGACAAGUUUAUCUAGGAGGAUAUGAUACAGAAGAGAAGGCAGCAAGAGCUUAUGAUAUGGCUGCACUCAAGUAUUGGGGACCCUCAUCUCAUAUCAAUUUUCCAUUGGAAAACUACCAACAACAGCUAGAAGAAAUGAAGAAUAUGACUAGACAAGAAUUUGUUGCUCAUCUUAGAAGGAAAAGCAGUGGUUUCUCUAGAGGUGCUUCAAUCUAUAGAGGGGUUACUAGGCACCAUCAACAUGGAAGAUGGCAAGCUCGAAUUGGCCGAGUUGCAGGGAACAAAGAUUUGUACCUGGGCACAUUUAGCACUCAAGAGGAAGCAGCUGAGGCAUAUGACAUUGCAGCAAUAAAAUUCAGAGGGGCUAAUGCAGUGACUAAUUUUGACAUAGUACGUUACGAUGUGGACCGUAUCAUGGCUAGUAACACCCUACUAGCUAGCGAGCUAGCCCGUCGAACCAAGAAUCUACCGGUCCCACCACCAUCACCACCACCGGUUAAUAACACCGAGGAGGAACGUGAAAAACCCGACUGGAAAAUAGUCCUCCACCACUCAACUCAGCAACCGCAACAGUCAAUGCACAACCAGCAGCAGUAUAUGGAUCAGGCCUCAAUGGGAAUGGGCUUGGCCCAACACCAUGAAGCAAUAUUGGGCUUGGCAGGAAAGCAUAAUGAUAUGGGUGGGGCCCAUUUCUCUAAUACAUCAUCAUUAGUCACUAGCCUGAGUAGUUCAAGAGAGGAUAGCCCUGAAAAGAAUACCAAUAGCAGCUUGUCUUUAGCCUUUACAAUGCCUCCUUCAGCAACCAAAAUGUUUACAAAUCCUGCAGCAAAUAUCAGCCCUUGGAUUAAUCAACCAGUGGAGAUUAGGAACCCUUCGAUAUCACUCCCUCAAAUGCCUGUUUUUGCUGCUUGGGCUGACUUACAUUGAAAUAUAUGGUACUUAUAUUUAUCGACCCGUGUCACCUGAUUUGCUAAUCUUAAUCUUAAACAAGCAAAUUAGGCGACAAUUUUUUUUUAUUUUGUUGGGUGUUAGAUUUGGGAUUCAUAGUAUAAUUAGUAAGGAAUUAAUUGAGGUGUUUAAGUGGGUUAAAUUUAAUUUUAAUUUCAAUGUAUUUUUUUAGUUGAUUAUAUUGUGGAUGUAAGCUUAAUCAUAUCUACUACUAGAUCUUUUGAUCAAAUCUUAAAGUAAGAAUGAAGAAAAAAAAAAGCUAUUUUAGCCUUU